CACCAAGAUUGUACCCCCGUACCAUCCGAGAUAAAUCCUACCGGCCUCUCUGCACAGGAUUACGGCAGCGGAAAUUCUUUUGCUUGUCAGUGCGCCACCCAAGGUAUUGGGUCCCCAAGUGCGAUAAUUUGAAAUCGGGUUCUCACAUUUUAAUAUAGCGAUGUCGACUCCGGAUGGGUCAGUUGCACAAUUUUUCAGCCGGUUCAACUUUCAAAAGUACACCUACAACCCACAUGCGCCUGCCCUCGAAGAAUUCAAACGUCUCUGCGAGUCCCGGCUAUGGGGCCUCUCGAAGAUCAGACGACACGAAGCCGAAUUCUUGCUUAUUCUCGAAGAGGAGCAGGAUUCGAAGGGGAGGUCGGCCGGCCCCGAAGUCAUAGAGUUUUUCAGAAAAUACGAAUACCAUCUAUUCACCUACGACUUGGAUGUUCCCGCGCAGCAGGAGUUUCAACGUCUUGUUGAGCUGAGGGGGUGGGGGAAAAAGAAACUGUCAAAGGUCAAGAAAGAAUUUAAAAACGCGCUAUUAUUGGAUGCGGAAGAGCAAUCAGUUUCCGCGGCCUCGGAGCCCACAGGUCCAAGAAAUUGGGACAUUCAGGAGGUGGAUCUUUUGGCAGAUUGGCUGCGGGAGCAGCAAUGCCCUGGGUAUAGGUACCGGGGAGGCCUGCCCGAGCUUGAAUUCAAGAAACUGGAGAGUGUCAAAAGGUGGGAGUGGUUGGAGUACCGACACCACGAAAUCGGCCGGGAUCUGACCGUGGAGGAGCGUCGGGAGUGGAAAAGAUCCCCCGAAUUCGAGUCGUUACGCGCCGAGUUCUAUACGGUUGUCGAGGAGGUGUUCAACUUGAUACUCGACGAUUUCUGCCAAAUUACUGGAUUAACGCCCUGGGAGGUGUUAGCCGGACUAUAUGGCAAGGGACAGGAUCCCGCUGGAAGGAAUGCCGCGAGGAAGGUAUGUUCCGUGGGAAACCCGACAAGAGAGUUGUGGGAUCUACUAAUAACACAGAUAUGGUUCCAGAUUCUCAGUAGGGUAUUUAUCAAUAUAUUCGACUUUCUAGACGUCUUCAAGGAGAUUCUCAGAAACCCGCCCACAACUAAUCGCCAGGAGCUUUUCCGCCUACUCAAACCACGGGCCACCGAGUUGCAAUUCCCGAACAACUUGAUGCUGGGAGUGUACAGCGCUCUGACAAACCGCGUUUUCCCCAAAGAAUUAGCCCGCCAAGGCGGGACACUGGCUCUAUUACUUCACAACAUAAUGCUGUAUUUAGUGGGGUUUGACUAUGUCAUGCGGGAGUUCGAGAACGAAGCCGGAGAUGAACUGAAAACAGCAGAGGAGGAGGGACGCGUUGGGGUAAGGAGGCUGCUCCUAUCGAGAAAAUGGUCUUCACUGGAACCUCUAAAAUCUAAUCUACGAUCCGUUCCGGUCUAA